CUGCACAGGGUUUGUUUGCAAGUCAUAUUCUUGUCAGUCAUAAACUUAUUCAUGGUAUGUUGUAUAAUACUGUAUAUAAAUUUACAGAUGUCAAUAAACCAGGCAAGUACGGUACAGAGGAGAUAACCCAUAUAAAUAAUAUUAACAUAAUUGAUUCAUCAUACCCAUCAAUUGGAGACAAUCUAGUAACAAAUGACUUGAUAGAAAACAGCAUGCCAUGUAGCAAUUUGAAUUCCUAAAAGGAAUGAGUCAAGUGUUAAAUGAUAAAAUACCGUGUACUAUUGCUUUCACCUUUUGAUGAACAAUCACAGAAUCUCCAGCAUGAGCUAGGACAUCACUUCAGUUGGCAUAACAAAGUGAUCAGGGAUGUUGGAACCAUCAUAACCAUGGGUGCAGUGGGCACAAGUGCACCCUUUGGUGCAUGUUCGGCAUACACCUUACACAGGAUGCACCCUGAUGGUAGAUCAUACCAUUCUCUAUGCUCACCUAAAUUUGAUGUUUUAACAAAAUAAUAAGUAAGGCCUCAUUUGCACACAUCACAGUAAUCUAAUAUUCCAAUCAUAACAUUGAUUGCAUUGAGUUAGGGGCCACAUCCAUGUUCAUGUAGCCACACAUAUGCAAAACAUCAAAUUGAUGUUUUGGGUGGGUAUAUAAUAGAUGGGUAAAGUUUAUUUACAAAUUUUAUGUAAAUGUGCUUGCCAGUAUGUAAUUUUGUAUAGUCUUGAGACAUAAAAGCACAACUCAAGCAUUCUAAAACAAUCAAAAAAGCAUAUGUACAUGUAUGCAUAUAUUGGCAGGCAAACACAUGCACAUUUCAGCCACAAAAUCAGAAAACAAUGUUUACCCACCUAUAGGUACGUGCGGAGUCGAACUUUGCAGAAUUUUCAUUAAUUAAAUCCUGGCAACAUGCACAACUGGAAAAUGUCCGGCAAUGCUAGUAGCACCGCUGCCAGGAAAUUUUCUUACAUUUUACAGGGAAUUCUUUAGUUAUCAUCUUAUAUACUGGAAUGCCAUAUAAUUUACUUAUUGUUUACAAAAGCGUUUUGCAAGUCGAGAUUGUCUUGCGCCGAGAGUGAGGUUUAUCAGAAUGUGCGGCACCAAAUGUUCUCUGGAAUCUAUAUAUGCAGGUUUUGUAUUUGUCUUUGCCAGGAAGAGAAAUAUAUUUUCUAGGCCUGGCAACAUGAAUAUUUCUAAUCUUGGAACACAUGAAGUUUUCAAGGCGGGCUGGUUGGGUUUUAAUAGAUAAAAACAUGAAUUUAAUGAAUAUGGACAUGGUUAGAUGCAAUUGGACAGGUAGGGAAAUAGGGGCUGGCAUUGCUCACACUAAACCACGUUCAUAUAUAGGUUUUAUAGCAUAUUUACCUCAUAUUUUGGCAUAUUACAGUCAGUCCUUCUAUUCCAUUCAUAAUAAUACAGACAAGUACCUUCACGGUUGAAUAUAUAUAUGUUAUACACAGUCAUUUCUCUUUAUAUUAAAUAUAUCUAUAAACACAUGCUGUUUCGUUCCUCAGAGGUCUAGGUUGGACAAAAUACGAAGCCAAUCAGUGAAUAAAGUAAAUGAUGGAAAAGAGUCUUCGUAAAAUCAUUUCAACUGAUAAAAAGUCAUCGUUCAAAAGUAGCUCUUCAAACUGUCAAUUUUACAACAAAAUAUCAGAUGAACACAAGUAUUUCAAGUCUCCGUUAAUGAAAUAAUAAUUGCUCUAUAACAUAUAAGAUAUAUAACAUGUAUUUUUAUAUCUUAUAGAGAAAAAAUCUGCACAUACAACUACAAGAGCCAAUUUCGUUGCUGCAACCUCGUCUGUGUUAAUAGGAGAUUUCGGGAUUCGUCGUGAAAUGUCCUCGGUGAUUCUCGGGGAUGAUAAGUAGUGUAAUAAAUCUUAAUUAUUUUACAGGUAGAAGUUGUUUGUGUAUUUCAAAUAAUAUAAUUCAGUGAAAAAUGAAACCCACAGGAGUUCCUGUUCAAGAUGAGAUGUUUCCUGAAGGAGUUGAUGCUGGUUUAAUGGACAUGGAUGAGGUGUGGUACUAUUUGAACACCGCAUACCUACAGAAUUAAAUCAUGAAAUUGAUGUCAAUCGAUAUCAAUUGAUAUUAAAAUUAAUCAAUUGACAUUUUGAAAUUGAUGAUCAAUGGACCUUUCAUACCUGGUUCCAGAGGUUUAUUUUCAUUGUAAUGUUAGAAAUAGUGAAGUGAAAAUAAACCUCUGCUUGAAAGCGGCAAUUGAUUGAUUACACUGUGCCAGUGUAAACUAGGUUCAGAUUCUGACUUGAUCUUCUCCUGAUUGGAUGAUUACGCAAAAAGUUCUCUGAUUAGUUCAAUUUAAAAGUUAUCAUGUGUGUUUUGAUUCAUGGGCAGAUUUACUGGGGGGGGGGGGGGGGGUUACCCCCCCCCUAGAAUCUCUCUAACCCCUCUAAUAAAGUGUUCUACCCCACCAAAAUUUCGCUUCACCCCUCCUAUUUUGUGUAUAAGGCUUUAACCCAAAUGCCUAACCCUUUCCGAAGCUCACUGAGUGGUACUGCUUGCACCCCACCAGAAAUUUUUCUACCCCUCCUUUUAAAUAAAUGAAAAUCCACCCUUGUUUUGGUUGGUUGGUUGGUUGUUAACUUAUAAUUGGAUGCCAUUGCACGAUAGUGCUAGCGGUUAUUGCUGCUUUCAACCUGAUCGAGGGAUAAAAUUUUCCAUAUCAAGGCUUUUAUCCCACCUGACCAGGAUGGACGUGUUUUUAUGUAUAUUAAUUAACAGCUAGUAUUGAACAGCACCAUUACAAAGUAGAAAUAAAAUGUAAUAUUUAUUAAUAGAUCUGGGAUAAAAACAGUCAUAUUGGCCAACCAGGCUCAUGUGAACAGGCCCUAAGUCCCAAUGACAAUGUCCUAAUUUGCCUAAAAGGUCAUGUGCAUUCUUAAUAUCUUAAAACAGCAGACAUAAAAAUAUAGCAAAAAAGAGAUGCAGGCCUACAGGGUGAUGUUCUAAGAAAAAUUUCCAAGUAUUAGUCUUGUAUGCCACUCUUGUUGGUCUUACUCACAGAUAGCGAAAAGCAUGCUGAUCCCUCAUAGCAUGAUUAUGUAAUUACAUUAAUUGGUAAACCAGCUGGUGACUGCCCAGUGGUGUAGUCCUGGAAUGUUAACAAGGGGGGCUCUCCAACAGGGGCGAAACUUCGGUAUUACGGCUGGGGGGAGCUUGUUUUGCCCAACCAAAAGGGCGUUUCCGAAGUUGUUCCUGAUGGACAAACAUUUGAUCAGUUGCAAAUUAAUAUUUCUUUUCCCAAAAUUGUUGGUGAGUGGAGCAUUUUUCACUAACCUUCGAAAUAAUUUACCGUAAUUUGUAAAAUCACCGCCUACCACUAUUAUUUUUCAAUCUGAGACACUCAAAUAUUUUUAAAAUGUGCCCGACUAAAUUGUAUGGGUACACCCGAUGACUUGAUGAGAUAGAGACUGGGGUAUCACACCCUUCCCCCCCCCCCCACACACACACACAACCCGGGUAGAUCACGUCCCUGUUCUCCAAAAGUAUCCUGAACUGGCGGGGGUGUUUACAAUAUGAUAUUUUGGAAAUUCUAAAUUUUGUUGGGGUUGUUUGUAAUAAUUGUGGGACAAACAUUCAAAAUUAUGCUUGUUAAAAGGCAAUUGCCAUAGUAGUAAAUUAUUAAAUAAUAUAAAAUAUUCAGAGCGUCUCAAAAGGGUAUGUAAUUCAAGGUUUCUGUACCAAAUUUUGUAGAUGCAAUUCUAAAGAACAUUCUCGUUUACGAUUAUGCAACAUGCAAAAAUUAUGGGGGGGCUGAGCCCCCCCCCCCCCCAAGUCGACAUGAAAUUUUAACAAGCCCCCUUGAGCCCCCCUCCACUACACCACUGUGACUGCCCAUGUCAUAUCUGUUGGUAUCCCAUUUAAAAGGAGUAUCAUGCCAAUAACAUGUUAUAUAUUCUUUGUGUAUAUAUUGAUUAUUUACUAUAUAUAAAGUCAUUAAAUUUUAAAAGUAUUUGGGCACACAUGCAAUUCUGAAAUUUUCCUGUCAGGUCUGCCUUAUGUCAGAAUACUGUCUUAUGUCAGAAUACUGUCUUAUGUCAGAAUACUGUCUUACAGUGUAUGUCCUUAUAGACUAUAUGAUUUGCUGGACCAGUGUUUACAGUAAUUAUCCAACCUGAUCACCUUGAUAAUUUAUUUUAUUGCAGUAGAAGCAGGGAAAUAUAUGCUAUUGUUAUGUCAUUUACUUCUUUUGGAUACAAAAAUGUAAACAAAGCUGACAUGUGUGAAGAAAUUGUACUGCAUCUUUAAUAGCAGCAAUGGCCAUAAAGCAAAUAAUAUUUAACACUGGGAUACUAUGCAUGGUAGACAAUCCAUUAAGACCGUCCCAUUUCCCCAAUUUCUCCCCCCUUCUUUGUUAUCUCAAAUAUCAUUAAAUAUUCACAUAUCAAAUCAUAUGCAACACUUUUCUUUCAUGUAUAGUAUCGGCGUUGAAACAUAGGUCUGUUAUCAGGCUAGGAUAGCGUUAAAAACAUGUUCUAUCUAAAGUUUGUACUGUAACAGUACUAUUUAUACAGUAUUAUUUAUACAGCAAUUAUUAAUUUAAUUAUUUGUUUUAAAGGCUUGUUCAUCAAAUAUGAUGGUUGAAUUGGCAGCAAGUGAAAGAGCAGUUCAUGGAGAUUUCUUUAAUGGUGAGCUUUUAUUUGUCAUUAAUGAUAUUUUGUCAAUUAUAGAGCACACUUGGUACAACGCUUGGUAAAGUGUACUUACAGUAGUUUUUUCUUCCAACAGCAUUUGGUGACCUGUUUGAUGAUGAUGACUUGUCUUGAGGAUAUCUGCUUCAUGGUAUUAUUGGUAUAUACUGUAUGUGUAUAGUCUUAUUUUUAAAUUUUGUUGUGAAAUAAAGAAAUAAUUACUGAAAGUGUAACAGCAGGAAUACUGUAGAGAUGUACUGCUAUACAUGCUGUAAAUAGUAUUGUCAAUAAUGCUGUACUGCAUGAAGAGUGACCUGAAUGUACCGCAUGAAGAGUGAUCGGAAUAUAAAUAAACACAAUAA